UUGGGAUGGAAUCCUGAAAAAGAAAAGAACACGAGGAGAAGGAUUAAAGGAGGAGAGCCCAUCAAAACUCACGUAGGUGUCGUUUAGUUCUUCGAAUUUCAGAGUGCUUUUUUCGAACAGCGCCGUGGAUUCUUCCCAACUGCCACCCAUGUUCCCAAGAUUCAAUCCCCAUUUCCUCUUCUUCUUCGUCUCCCUUUGCUAAUCGCGAUGAAAAGGUUGCGGAACUAGCUCAAAGGGUGCAGAGUUACGCUAUUUGAAUCCGAGGUUUUUCGUCUGAUUGAUUGAUUGAUUGAUUGAUUUCGCUGCCAUGUCGUUCCGUAGGCGGACUUUGCUCAAGGUCAUCGUUCUCGGUGAUAGUGGGGUUGGCAAGACGUCGUUGAUGAAUCAAUACGUGCAUAAGAAAUUCAGUCAGCAAUACAAAGCUACAAUUGGUGCUGAUUUCGUCACCAAGGAACUUCAAAUUGAUGACAGGCUUGUCACACUUCAAAUAUGGGACACAGCCGGACAAGAGAGAUUUCAAAGUCUUGGAGUUGCUUUCUAUAGAGGGGCAGAUUGCUGUGUUCUAGUCUAUGAUGUUAACGUGAUGAAGUCGUUCGACACACUUGACAAUUGGCAUGAUGAGUUUCUCAGACAGGCAAACCCACCUGACCCUAGGACGUUCCCGUUUAUAUUGCUUGGAAAUAAGAUUGACAUUGAUGGUGGGAAUAGUCGAGUGGUCUCUGAGAAGAAAGCUAGGGAAUGGUGUGCUUCAAAAGAAAAUAUUCCUUACUUUGAGACCUCAGCUAAAGAAGACUACAACGUCGAUGCUGCUUUUUUGUGCAUUGCCAAGACUGCAUUAGCCAAUGAACAUGAGCAGGAUAUAUAUUUCCAAGGAAUCCCUGAAACCGUCGUGGAGACCGAGCAAAGGGGUGGCUGCGCAUGCUGAAUCCAGAAACUGAAAGACUUGGGAACUCUCGCACUCACUCUCACUCCCAUCCACCCUUUUGGUUCUUAUAUACAUUUUUGCUGGCUUUGUGAUUCAUUACUAAUCUUUGAUUGCAGACCCUCCCCUCCUGUUGCAUAAUCUAACCACUGAGACUUGAUCUUUUCAUUUUGAAGAAAUUAGCUUCCUUUUUGUGAGGUAAGAACACAACUUCUGGGAUCUCUGAGUCUGUAGGAUCCAUUAUUUCAAGGAUCCUACCGCGGUGUUCCUGAGUUGAAUAAUAGUUUCUGGCCAUCUGUUUUUGUUUUUAAAUGUUCAGGACGUUUCUUUUAUGUAUUUUAUUUUAUUAUUUCCUUCUAGCUUCUUGUUAUUCGAACUCUGUUCAAGAAAACUGAGAAUGGAAAUUUUUUCCUUUUUUUUUUGAGACAGCCUGAGAAUGGAUUUGUUGGUUCUUUUUAA